UUCCAGGCAACUCAACUGUUCUUGUGGCCGCCUCUUCGUCGCCGCCGGAUUUUAUCGCCUCCGUAGUUAUUGCCAUAUUUUCCGAUUUCCUGAUUAUACAGGUGAAAGGGGGAAAUGGGGCCAAUACAGAUGAAAUGUAGCUGUGGUGAAAACAAUUGUCAAGAAUGGGCGGUUAUUGAGUUGCAAGGUGUUAUUGAAGCUCAACCUCAAUUCCAAGAUCGUCUUCAAAACCUCGAAAUCGGCCGACUUUGCCGUCCUUCUUCUCAGGAGACAUACACCUUUACAAUUGGGUACCAUGAGCUAACUGGAUCAAAGAUCAAGCUGAAGAAGCCACUUUUAGUAUUGAAGAAGGUAAAGCAUUCUGAUGAAGAGCGAAGCGUAAGCUCCAAAUCAUCACCCGCAGUGGAGUUGGAUGUGAUCGGAAUCAUUAGGCAUAAGAUUCUGUUCAAGACUAGGCCAAAAGCCCUCAUAUCUAGCAGCAAGAAGGUUUAGCAUAAUCACUCGGCAUUAUAAAAUGCAGUCUUUAAUUUCAUAAGAAUGUGUAAUGGUUUGUUUAUGUUCCUAUUUAUGGGAUAAGUUUUCAUUGUAUAACAGGUUACUGAAAAUGUAAUAAACUUUAGGUGAUAUGAGUGAAACUUUUCUUGUGCUUAUUCAAAGAUUAUGGUGAUUUACAUUACAGUUAAUGAGAAUAUGAGAUGGCACAU